AUGGCUCUGUGUGCCACCAGCUCGUAUUAUGAACCCCAAGAGAUUGCAGCUCGUAUACUGCCAAAUGUUGUUGUUCUCACAAUUGAUCCUCACAGUGAUGUCCGGUCAAAGGCUUUCCAAGCAGUUGAACAGUUUUUGCAGAUAGUUAAGCAAUACCAUGAAAAGACAUCUGGUGGGGAUAGCAGUGAGUGUAUGGGGUCCACAAUUUCAUCACUUCCAGGGAACGCAAGUAUACUUGGAUGGGCAAUGAACUCUUUGACAACAAAAGGCAAACCCUUUGAACAAAUCACACAAGCAAUGCCUCCAAAAUCCACGUCACCUCUUGUUUCUGUUGUCCCCACUACAUUAGUAUCAAGUAUACAUACCCAAAGUACAACAACACUAGUCCGAGGUGGAAGUUUAGAUUAUGGUGGUGACAUGGCAGAUCAACCAGCACCGGUGUCACCUACCUCGACUAACGACUGGGGGGAGCUCGAGAACAGUAUCGAUAUUCAUGAAGAUGAAGAGAUUGAAAAAGACGGGUGGGACGAUAUGUUGCCACUAGAAGACGAAAAGCUGCCACCUGCUCUUGCAAACAUCGAAGCAGCUCAAAAACGGCUUGUCGUACACACAAAACCACAAGGAUCAAUUCCUCGGCCGAAAUCUACGUCACAUGUGAGCAAAGAUGCAUAUGAUGAUUUAUGGGGCUCAAUAACUGCCCCUGACCCAGCUCCUGCCCCAAAAUUGGCUUCAAGGUCUUCAAAUUUGAAUGUGAAAGCAGCAGCAGCAGGAGGGAGUGGGAGUGGGUGUGUUGUUGAUGAGGAUGAUCCAUGGGCUGCUAUUGCAGCACCAGCACCAGCAAAAGGGUAUUCUUACAAGACUUCUCUGAUUGUAGGUGUUGCUGAUGCUAUCCAAAAAGAAAGUCUACACUUCUGUGUAACAAUCUUGUUGAAAGGACUUAUGAAUCAAAUGCUAAUGGCAACAAGUUUAACACUCGACUCCAUACGAUUAGAUGUUAAUGGUAAUGUACAAGUUUAA